CGGUACUAAAUCAACAAUUAGGUUAUGUUAACCACUCCACAUGAUUUAAAUCGUAAAAAAAAGUGUAAAUAUUUGUAGUUUAUAGUGUCAAACCGUAAUGUUCACUAUUUCGGGUGAUUUAUUGCAAAAAUUGGCUAUAAUUUUGCCAAUAGUCGCCGCUACUUUGGUUAUAUUUAUAAUAUUAGUUAACCUAAUCAUAAAAUGCAGGCAACAAUUUAGCGUUAAAGUGAACUGCUGGUUUUGUAAUGAAUCUACUAAAGUUCCAUACGAGAAUAGAAAUGCAUUUAAUUGCCCGAAUUGUUCUCAAUACAACGGUUUUGACGAAUCAGGUGGGUAUAAUAAAGAUAUCCCAGAACAACACGAUGAAUUAUUAAACGUUUGCACUCCCCAAAUGUUUAAAAUAAAUCGAAAAUCAUCAUUGAAUGGUUUAUGUCGUUUGUGUAACAAUAAUCAACGGUUAAAAGUUUACCAAUUAGCAAGUUUUAUUCCUCUAAACGAAGAAAAUUAUGAUGCUGAAGUAGACCAUUUUGGUAAACAACUUGAAAAAGCCUACAAAUUAUGCCCAGAAUGUGAUUUUAAAGUAAAACAAACUUUAAUAACCCAACAAAAGUGGAUAUUGGGUAUGAAAAUUCACCAAUUAAAGCAACAAGGGUUGCAAACCUUGCGAAAUUUGGAAAAAUCGUCAAAAUCUAUCCAACAAAAAAUUGCUGGAUUAUGUGAAUCAAUAUGUCCAUCGUUUGUAAUCGUCGUGGUUAUUUCCUUGGCAUCCUUAAUCCUCUUCAACGCCCUAUAUUCCACAGGUAUAUUUGAAAAAUCCGCCUUAGAUUUAUUCCUCCCAUUCUACACUUCAUUUAAAGUUUAUUUUGUUCAAAUCAUCGACGGUUUUUACGCAAUUCCAUCUUAUUUACAAUAUUUAAAGACUGAAUCCGACUGCAAACUACAUGAUUUUAUCGAUUUUAUACAUGAAUAUUUAAAAAAUACUACAGAGACAUCUAAUUUUAGUGGAAUUAACUCUGAAGAAUUGGGAAAUUUUCUUUUAAAACAGUCUAAUAUUAACCAUUUUACUCUAUGCCUUUGUGGAUUUAUUGUCCAAGUGAUUACAUCGUUGUUUACUAAAAGAAAGAAACUUAAAUAUGGACCUUUAUUGUUUUGGUCGUUUUUAGUUGUGCUUUCUUGGAAUAAUUAUGAUAAUGCUUUGUUUUUGUUAACUGCUCAGGUACUAGCAAUUUUAUUAACAAUUUACACGUUACUUACUGAAAAAUCAUCAAUAGACUGUAAAAUCGAACCAAAACUUAAUACAAUAUGGAAUAAUCAGUCGGCGUUACAAUCAUUACUGUUACAAGCUCAAGCAAAUGAAAUAGCACUAAACGCUACAUCGUUACAAUCAAAAUCGUCACACCAAAAAGAAGAUUCCAUCGAUUCGGAUUGUUCGUUUGAAUCGAGCGUUUCAAAAUUUACGACGUUAAAUGCGUGCCUUCCGCCCAAAACUGCCACCAACAACGCACCUGUUUUUCGAAAUGUUUUAACGCCACCGAUUGUGUUCAAACCGAAACCAGUUGCUAUACAAAAAUCGAAAAGUUCGCAACAAAUAUGUGGAAUUGAUAAUUAUUUGAAUCGAAGUAUGAACAAUUUGUGUAUUGGAUCGGAGAAUAUUCGACCUGCCGCUAAUAUUUUUAAACCGAUAAAAGUAAAUCAUCUUGUUAAUCGGCCGUUGAUAUCGCCACCAAGACUGAAAUUUGAUAAUUUGAACGGUUCGCAUUGGAAUCCUAAUUUAUUCAAUUACGGUUUGAGUAGAUCGUCGAGUCAAAGCUCAGGGUUUGCUUCGCAAGUACCGUUUACUACCUCGUCGCCGAAUAACUCGAUAUGUUCAGAUUUCGAUUACGCUUCGUUAUUUUCCGAACCGUUAACGCAAAAAACGAAAUUUUCCGAUUGCGGCAUUAGCGAAUUCAAUUGUAAAUUAUCUAAUCAAUUUAAUGAACCGUUAUGAAUAUAAUUACGUGCUCAAUUAAUAUUAUAAAUUUUUAAGCUUCGGAAUGUGAUGAUUUUUUUUAGAUUAAAAUAUUAUUUAGUU